AUGGUGGCCAUCAACCUCCUUCCUCUCUUCCUCGUCCUCCCCACGCUUGCUCUCGCCAGCCACAACUCUCCCCUCGACGCCCGUAGCCCCCACCGUCGUCACAACCAUGCGCGUGCCGCAUCCUUUGCGGUCGGGCACGCCUCCGACUCUGUCAUGAAAAGGGCUGCUUCCGGUAGCAUCGAGGAGAAGAUGGCCAGGAAGAGGGACGGUAAAGACAUGGCCAACGUGGCCAAAAGAGGGGCCGAUGGUGCUAAAUGCCGAAAGAGGGGCGAAAGCUAUACCCCUACCGGCGUCAGCAGUACGCUCUCGGCCUCGAGCACUGUUGUUUCCUCUACCGAGGUCAUCAGUUCUGCUGCGAGCACGACCGAUGUGUCCAGCACCUCGGCUUCGAGCGAAACUGUUGAGACUUCUGCUAGCACCCAGGCGAGCUCUACGGAUGCCGAGUCUUCUUCCAUCGUCAACCAGCAAGUUUGGGUCGACGACGCCACUUCGACUUCCUCCUCUGUUGCUGCCGCCCCGAGCACAACUUCGGCCGCUGCUGCCUCUACAUCCUCUGCCUCCUCCAGCACCGGCUCGAGUGUGGUCAGCUAUGCCAACUUGACCCCUAACGGAAACAAGGCCGGUCUCAGUGCCGGUGAUGCCUUGCCUUGGGUCAAAGACCACAUUGGAUGGUGGUACGACUGGUCUGCCAAUCCCUCGGGAGACAGUGGAUCUGCUGUAGCUAUCCCUUGUAUUUGGGGUUCCGGUUCCGCCGACUCCAGCGACGCCUCUCGCUUGUCCGUAUUCUCUGCCAUCACCAGCACGCCCAGCUACAUAAUUGGAUUCGAGGAGCCCGACUGUGAUGCUGGAUCCGGCAGUUCCGGAUUCGACAUUGCCACUGGUAUCGCCUUGUGGGACUCUCUUGUGGCUCCUCACGGUGAAGCGGGAUCUGUCCUGGUUGGGCCUUCCAUGUGCAAGCAGGCCGCCGAGAGUGGAUGGCUCAGUCCCUUCUUGAGCGCUGUUACCAGGAAGCCCGACAUUAUGAACAUCCACGUCAACAAGAACAGUGCCGCCGGGAUCAACACUGAUAUUGACCACUACUGGAACACUUACGGUCUUCCUAUCUGGGUCACUGAAUUUGCUUGCGUCGACGACUCUUCUUCGUUCAUUCCUUGCACUGACCAGAGCGAGAUCAACACCUUUAUCCAAACUGCCGUUGACAUCUUUGAGAACGAUUACAGGAUUGCCGGCUAUGCCUACUCUAACGGUGAUGGUUUGUCUGAUGCGUGGGCCAUGGUGAAGAAUGGUGCUCUGAGCGAGUCCGGUCAGACUUACCUCGCCGCUAUCAGCAAAUACCAUUAA